CUGGCCUUGUCCAACUGGUGUCCUCUGCAGGUUUUUAAACGCUGGGACGCAAACAGUGAAGCUACCAUGGCAAUGAGAAGGGCACUUCCCCACUCCAGAUGGGCGGAGAGGAGAUCCACUGUGGUCUAUGCUGUGAGGUCAGCCACAUUUGGUGCCUGGCGGAUGUUGACCUUGGGCGCAGAGUACAGUUCGUGGGCUCGCACCGACACAUCCAACAGACAGAGACGCACCGCCACGUUUGGGCCCGGUGAAAAUAACGACAGCCUGGAUGAGUCUGACGUGAGCACCGACGAAGGCGAACCACUAUACUACGACAGGAUUUAUGAACUUGAAGGGUCAUUCCAUAGCAAAAAUGUUCCAAAUAUCGUCGAUGCGCACGAGGCUUUCUCUGAGGACAUCGACGCGCCAUGGUCUCGGAGAAUGGCUCGCUUUGGAGAUGAUCUACCCACCCGCUAUGGAGGCGGAGGUCCGCCGGGCGCUGGAAGAGGGGGCGCCCGAGCGGGAGGUCCCCCAGGCGGCCAGAGGAUGUACAAGCAGUCGAUGGCUCAAAGAGCCAGGACAAUGGCUUUGUACAACCCCAAACAAACAAAACAGAAUUGCUUCACUGUCAAUCGGUCCUUGUUUAUUUUUAGCGAGGACAAUGUCAUAAGGAAGUAUGCUAAGAGAAUUACCGAAUGGCCUCCAUUUGAGUACAUGAUCCUUGCCACCAUCAUCGCCAACUGCAUCGUGUUGGCCCUGGAGCAACACCUCCCUGCGGCAGACAAGACUCCCAUGUCCGAGCGCCUGGACGACACAGAGCCCUACUUCAUUGGAAUAUUCUGUUUCGAGGCCGGCAUUAAGAUCAUCGCCCUGGGCUUCGUCUUUCACAAAGACUCCUACCUCCGCAACGGCUGGAAUGUAAUGGACUUUGUGGUUGUCCUCACUGGCCCCCUUUCUUCAAUAGGCUCCGAGUUCGACUUGAGGACCCUGCGAGCUGUGAGAGUGUUGAGACCCCUGAAGCUGGUAUCGGGUAUUCCCAGCUUGCAGGUGGUCUUGAAGUCCAUCAUGAAGGCCAUGGUUCCUCUGCUGCAGAUUGGCCUGCUGCUCUUCUUUGCCAUCGUCAUGUUUGCCAUCAUCGGUGUGGAGUUCUACAUGGGCAAGUUCCACACCACCUGCUUCAGUCUUGAGACAGGUGAGCAGGCAGCGGAGCACCCGUGUGGCACCGAGCGGCCCUCGCGGCUGUGUGACAACGGCACCGAGUGCAGGGCGUACUGGAGAGGGCCCAACUUCGGCAUCACCAACUUUGACAACAUCCUGUUUGCCAUCCUGACCGUCUUCCAGUGCAUCACCAUGGAGGGGUGGACGGACAUCCUGUACAAUGCCAACGAUUCGUCGGGGAACACGUGGAACUGGCUGUACUUCGUCCCGCUCAUCAUCAUCGGCUCCUUCUUCAUGCUCAAUCUGGUGCUGGGUGUCCUGUCAGGGGAGUUUGCCAAAGAGAGGGAGCGUGUGGAGAAGCGCCGGGAGUUCCUGAAGCUGCGGCGGCAGCAGCAGAUCGAGCGAGAGCUGACGGGCUACCUGGAGUGGAUCUGCAAAGCCGAGGAGGUGCUGCUGGCCGAAGAGGACCAGAACGCAGAAGAGAAGUCUGCUCUGGAUGUGUUAAAACGUGGCAAGGUGAAAAAGAGCAAGAAUGACCUGAUCCAUGCAGAGGAGGGAGACGACCACUUCACAGACAUCUCCUCCGUUGCCCCUCCGGGUUCUCCGUUUGCGCGGGCCAGCCUGAAGAGCAGUAAGAAUGACAGCUCCUCCUAUUUCCGCCGUAAGGAGAAGCGGCUGCGCUUCUUCAUCCGCCGGAUGGUCAAGGCCCAGAGCUUCUACUGGUUCGUGCUGUGUGUGGUGGGCCUCAACACGCUGUGUGUGGCCAUCGUCCAUUAUGACCAGCCAGAGGGACUCACCAAAGCACUCUAUCUGGCAGAGUUUGUGUUCUUGGGUCUGUUCCUGACGGAGAUGACACUGAAGAUGUACGGUCUCGGCCCCAGGAACUACUUCCACUCCUCGUUCAACUGUUUUGACUUUGGGGUGAUUCUGGGCAGCAUCCUGGAGGUGGUCUUUUCCGCUAUCCAUCCUGGAGCUUCGUUUGGCAUCAGUGUUCUCAGGGCCCUGCGCUUACUGCGCAUCUUCAAAGUCACAAAGUACUGGAACUCCCUGAGGAACCUUGUUGUGUCGCUGCUGAACUCCAUGAAGUCCAUCAUCAGUUUACUGUUCCUGCUCUUCCUCUUCAUCGUCGUCUUCGCUCUGCUGGGCAUGCAGCUCUUCGGUGGCCAGUUUAACUUUGAAGACGAAACACCAACAACAAACUUUGACAACUUUCCCUCUGCUAUCAUGACAGUCUUCCAGAUACUGACAGGAGAGGACUGGAAUGCGGUGAUGUAUCAUGGGAUUGAAUCCCAGGGGGGCGUCCAUGGCGGAAUGUUCUCCUCGGUCUACUUCAUCAUCCUCACUCUUUUCGGAAACUACACUCUGCUAAAUGUAUUCUUGGCCAUUGCUGUCGACAAUCUCGCUAAUGCGCAGGAACUCACAAAGGAUGAGGAACAGCAGGAGGAAGAAGCCAAUAAGAAGUUGGCCCUUCAGAAGGCCAUGGAGGUGAAGGAGGUCAGCCCCAUUUCAGCGGCCAACAUCUCCAUCGCAACUUUUGUAAAGCAAAAUCGGGGGGCGAUCUCUCGCAGCUCCUCCAUCUGCAGCGCUCAUUCACCGAGUUAUUUGUACUCCCCUACACGCUCCUACAUGAGGGAGCAGCGCUCGCUGAAGCUGUCGGUGUGGGAGCAGCGCACCACGCAGCUGCGGCGGCACAACCUGCGGGCGAGCAGCGAGGCGCUCUACAACGAGCUGGAGCCCGAGGAGCGCCGCCGCCUCUCCUCCGCCCUCCACCUGCGGCCCGACAUGAAGACGCACCACGACCGCCCCCUGCUGGUCGAGCCGGGGAACGCGGCCAACGGCGACGGCAGCGGCGGCAACGGGGCGGCGGACAAACCGACGAGGCCGGCGGCCGACGGAGAGGCUUUGCAGGACGAUCUCCUGCAGCAGCAGCAGUCGCACCCGCACAAGCACCACCGUCAUCGGGACCGCUCGGCCCACGAGAACGGCGAGGCCCAGGGGGAGGGUCGACCUGGCGGCGGCGGCGGCAACGGCAACGGCAACGGCAGGCACCACACCCACCACAGCCGCAGCCGGGAACGAGGGCGCGAGGGGAGGCUGGAGCACAGCCACAGCCAGGACGGAGGCCCUCACGGCGGGCACCGCCACCACCACCAGGGGGCUGGAUCCCCGGAGGACGAAGGGGGCGAGAGGGAGAGGGAGCACAGGCACCAUCACUCCCACCGGCAGUCCAGGGCCGAGGGCAACGGCGGGCUGUCCAACGGAGGCCGGGGCGAGAGGCGCAGCAGGGCGCACAAGGACGGAGAGAGGGAGGCCAACGGGGAGCGCAGGAGGCAUCAGCAGAGGCUACUGAGAGCCCAGUCCACGCUGGACGGAGACGAGGCCAGGGAGAAUGGAGACCGAGAGCGCUCCAAGGCACACAGAGACAGACACUCAGAUACAGAGGCCGACGGCUCGGUCACCAGCCCCUUGCAGUCUCCCUCGGAGCUGCUGCCCGUCGCAGAGAAACCCGAGGACGCGGACAACAUGAAGAACAACAACCGCAGCGGCCAAACCAGCAUCCACAUCCCCGUGACCAUCACAGCACCGCCCGGCGAGACCACCAUCAUUCCCAUGAAUAACCUGGACGGGGAGAGCCUCCUUCUGAACGAGGAGAAGAAGGAGCUAGAGGAGGAGGAGAUGGAGAACGGCCCCAAACAGAUCCUCCCUUACAGCUCCAUGUUUGUGUUUGGACAGACCAACCCGGUGAGGCGGCUGUGCCACUACGUGGUCAACCUGCGCUACUUUGAGAUGUGCAUCCUGCUGGUCAUCACGAUGAGCAGCAUCGCGCUGGCUGCUGAAGAUCCCGUCAUGGCCAACGCACCGCGGAACAACGUUCUGAAGUACUUAGAUUACGUCUUCACGGGCGUGUUCACCUUUGAAAUGGUGAUUAAGAUGAUCGACCUCGGGCUCCUGCUUCAUCCCGGCGCUUACUUCCGCGACCUCUGGAACAUUCUGGACUUCAUCGUGGUCAGCGGCGCUCUGGUGGCCUUUGCCUGCACAGGGACAAAAGGGAAGGACAUUAACACCAUCAAGUCCCUGAGGGUUCUGCGUGUGCUGCGACCGCUGAAGACCAUUAAACGGUUGCCCAAACUCAAGGCUGUGUUUGACUGUGUGGUGAACUCUCUGAAGAACGUGCUCAACAUCCUGAUCGUCUACAUCCUCUUCAUGUUCAUCUUCGCUGUCAUCGCCGUGCAGCUCUUCAAGGGCAAGUUCUUCUACUGCACCGACGAGUCCAAGACCCUGGAGAAGGACUGCAGGGGCAAGUUUUUGGAAUACGACCGGGACAAGGUGGAAGCCAAGGACCGAGAGUGGAGGAAGUACGACUUUCACUAUGACAACGUCCUCUGGGCUUUUCUCACACUCUUCACCGUGUCCACUGGAGAGGGAUGGCCAAUGGUCCUGAAGCACUCGGUAGAUGCCACCGAUGAGGACCAAGGCCCCAGCCCAGGCUUCCGCAUGGAGAUGUCCAUCUUCUACGUGGUCUACUUUGUAGUCUUCCCCUUCUUCUUCGUCAACAUCUUCGUGGCUUUGAUCAUCAUCACCUUCCAGGAGCAAGGGGACAAAGCCAUGUCCGACUGCAGUCUGGAGAAGAAUGAGAGGGCGUGUAUAGACUUUGCCAUCAACGCUAAGCCGCUAACGCGCUACAUGCCCCAGGACAAGCAGUCGUACCAGUACAAGCUGUGGAAGUUUGUGGUGUCCUCUCCCUUCGAGUACUCCAUCAUGACCUUGAUCGCCUUAAACACUAUUGUGCUGAUGAUGAAGUUCCAUGAUGCCCCGAAGCCUUACGAGGACAUGCUGCGGUACUUGAACAUCAUCUUCACCGCACUUUUCACCCUGGAGUGCAUCAUCAAGAUGGUCGCCUUUGGGCCACUGAACUACCUGAAGGAGGCCUGGAAUUUGUUUGACUUGAUCACAGUGCUGGGCAGCAUCACAGACAUACUGGUGACGGAGAUCAAGAACAAGCUGAUCAAUCUGAGUUUCCUGAGGCUCUUCAGGGCGGCACGCCUCAUCAAGCUGCUGCGGCAGGGCUACACCAUCCGCAUCCUGCUCUGGACCUUCGUGCAGUCCUUCAAGGCACUGCCAUAUGUCUGCCUCCUCAUCGCCAUGCUGUUCUUCAUCUAUGCCAUCAUCGGGAUGCAGGUGUUCGGAAACAUCCUGCUAAAUGAUGAAACAGCUAUCAACCGUCACAAUAACUUCCAGACCUUCUUCCAGGCCUUAAUACUUCUGUUCAGGAGUGCCACGGGGGAAGCGUGGCACGACAUCAUGCAGCACUGCCUGAGCGAGCGCGAGUGUGACCCCAACAGCGGCCACGCCGGGAAGGAGUGCGGCAGCGACUUCGCCUACUUCUACUUCGUCUCCUUCAUCUUCCUCUGCUCCUUUCUGAUGCUCAAUCUGUUUGUGGCCGUCAUCAUGGAUAACUUUGAGUACCUGACGCGAGACGCCUCCAUCCUGGGCCCUCACCACCUGGACGAGUUCAUCCGCGUCUGGGCCGAGUACGACCCGGCAGCCUGCGGGCGGAUAGUCUAUAAGGAUAUGUACAAUCUGUUGCGUGUAAUCUCUCCUCCCCUCGGCCUGGGGAAGAACUGUCCCAACAGAGUGGCCUACAAGCGUCUGGUCAGGAUGAACAUGCCCAUCGCCGAGGACAACACAGUGCACUUCACCUCCACCCUCAUGGCACUGAUCCGCACUGCCCUGGAAAUCAAACUGGCCUCAGGGGUUCUGGCACAGCGGCUGUGCGACGCUGACCUGAAGAGAGAGAUCAACCGCGUGUGGCCAAGUCUGCAAGCCAAGACCGUUGACCUGCUGGUGACCCCACCCAAACCGACGGAGCUGACAGUGGGGAAGGUGUACGCCGCUCUGAUGAUCUUUGACUACUACAAGCAGAACCGUGCCAAGAAGCUCCAGCAGCUGCAGCAGCAACAGCAGCCUGGAGUGGGAGUGGGCGUAGGAAUACCGGGGAAAGUGGGGGCUCUGUUCCGCCCCAUGCUGCCCUUAACCCAGAUUCAGGAGCAGACGCCACUAGUCACCAGUGCCAAAGCCCCUCCUGCAGCUCAGCCUGAUUCGCUGCCACAACCAGAGCCUCCGCCCACUACCUCCUUGACCAAUGGAGAGGCAGUCCAAACGCAGGGCAGUGCCAUGAAGAAGUCUCCGUCGGCGGAGACACCUCAGGAACGACAGCAGAGAAGCAGAAAGUCAGUAGAGCGUGGCCAAUCAGACGACACACAGACCUCAAGCAAAACUCAGGAAUCUGGUGCAGAAGAGCUGAGUGAUGAGUACACUUCCGAUAUGGAGCGUUUCUCCAUCCUGGAGGGGCCUGGCCGAGCCUCUUCCAUGCCCAGACUCAAUGCUGCUGAGUACCAGCAGCGGAGCCACCCUCGCCACACCACUGGACCUUACCUGCCACCCAUUCUGGACGCGAGCCCCAUGACCAUGAGGCGCUCGGCGUCCACGCUGUCCCCGCAGCGCCACCAGGAGGCCAGCCUGCGCGAGUACGGGCUCCAGAGGCCCUCGCAGGGCCAGGACAGGGCCCACCACCAUCACCACCACCACCACCACCACUGCCACAAGCGCAGGGAGCGCGAGAAGAAGCACAAGUCGCUGGAGAGGGACAGCACAGAGCAGACCACCUCUGCACGGGGUACAGCGGCAGAGGUGACGGGCGAGCACGUGAGCCGCGAGCGUGCACGGGACCGGGACCGAGGCCGCCCGCACGAGCGCAAGCAUCACUCGGUGUCGGGCGAGCCCAAGACGCGCUACUACUCGUGCGAGCGCUACGGCAACAGGGAGCAGGGCCAUGCUCACUCCGCUGGACCGAGUCGAUCCACAUCCCCUGGGGAACAACAUGAGACCUUACGCCUCAUACAGGCUGGCACUACUGCCAGGGGCAGCCCAGUCAUCGUGGCAUCAAGCACCAACACCCCCAACCGCAGCCGCCGCCAGCUCCCUCAGACGCCCCUCACCCCGCGCCCGGCGGUCGCCUACAAGACGGCCCACUCGUCUCCCGUCACCAUGCCGUCGUCCUCCUCCGGCUCCCGGCCCGUCGCCGGGCCCAGCUCCGUCUCCGGCUCGACCCGUCUGACCCGCGGCCUCUCGGAGCACAACUCGCUGCUGGCCGACAGCGCCAGCCCGUCCCCAGUGCCUGUCACCCGCAUCGGCUCCGUGCCCAGCCUGGCGGCCGAGCCGCGCCACCCUCCUCCUCCUCCGCACGCCGAGGAGAUGGACGACUUCCAGGACGCCCUGAGCACCUACCACGGCGGCGUGGGCCGCUCCACGCGGACACUGCCCAGUGCCGCUCACGCCGGGGCCGGCGCCGGAUUGGGCUCCUCGGCCCUGGCCCAGUCGGGCCGCAGCGGGGUGCCCAACGGGUACCACUUCACCCUGGGCAUGAGCUCGGCGGCCGGCUCUGGUGCCAGGGGCGCGGGCGGGUAUCAGGAGACUGAGAAAGAGGACUGGUGCUAGCUAGCGGCAGCUAGGAGGUCAGGACAAGUCACGAAUGAGACGGAGACUAAAUGAGGGUAUCUCUUUUGAAAGGGCCACAAUGAGCACACUGCACAUCUGCAGAGUGUAUGUGUGCGCAUGCAUGUGUGUGGGUGAACGGAUGUCUGGAAGUUCUACUGUACAUGUUGUGAAUGUACAUCAGUCUUUGUCCUCUCAUACUGAAGAACUGAAGGAAUAGUGUAAGAUAUUUGAGCCUGAAAACAAAGAGAAGAGGAAAGAAAGAAAGAAAGAAAUCUCUUCACAACUCACAGUUUUCUUUAUACUUUAUAGUUCAAGGAAUAAGAGAACUUGCUCAUGCAUAGCAAAUCUGCAGUGUGCAUUCCCUCUUAGCAAAGAUAUGGACCAGCCUGACGAGAGAGAGCCUGAUAUGACAGUGUAGCGAUGGUGAGUUCCCAAAUCGCCACCCCUGCGCCUCUCUCUCUCUCUCUCUCUCUCUCUCUCUCCCUCUCUCUCUCUCUUUCAAAGUUUACUCUAUAGGGCUACUAUUGGAUGGACGCAAGGUGAUGGAGCAACUCCCUGAGGCCGAGCUGACUCCGGGGGGGGGAGAUGGGAGUACGGGGCUCUGUGUUAGGGAGGUAAUGCUGGGCAGCAUCGGAGCCAUGACACCCAAGCGAUGAGGACGAUGAUAUUGACAAAUGCACUACUAAAGCGCCACUGGGACCUGAACCCAUCAGUCAGAGUCUCAGUCCCAUGUUGUUUUUUUUCUGUGACAGAGGAUGUGAAGGCAAAGUGAUAUUUUUUACUUUGAAGAUUUGCUGCUCUUUUCUUUUUGUCCUGUGACUUCGGCAAAGGAGUGACAAACUGAAACAUGUACGCAGACACACACUAAGAUGGGGAUAAGUAAAAAAAAAAAAAGAUGGAAGAUUGAGGCCAAAAUUGUCAUUUGUUUUGUAUCAAGCUAUAGUACAUUGAAUAACAGUAUUCCUCCUUUUGUAUCAUUGUACUUUCAAAGGGUUCGUCAAGGAGUAUAGCUUGGAUAUCACGGAUAAGCUCUACUCUUUUGUUUUCUUUAUUUUCGAAACGCAGUUCUCAAGCCGUCAAAUACUGUACCAAGUGCCUAACUUUAAAUGUGUUACUGUUUGUGGUUAAAAUGCAGAUCUGUAGGCAGGAUAGGAAACGUACAUCAAAGAGAGGAAACUGAGCUGACAUCUUAGACGCAGCCAGUGUCAAUCUACAGUAAAGUGGUCUGGCAUCUCCACAACACCCCAUAUCACAAACAUAGCAACAGAGAUUUAUAUGUUUGCACAAAAAAAUAAUAGAUUUUUAAAUUGACAACUCAACAAGAGUUCACUCAUUGGUGUUUAUAUGAAAUUAUGUAUUAGAGCUGGAGAAAAUGACAUGCAAGAAUUAUAUCGCUAAUAUAGAUUACUAUUAUGACAUUAAUGUGUAUGUAGUUAGUUUGGUGCCAAUUCAGAGUGAACUAUGGUACAGAAGUGGUGGGAGUGCAUGCAAGAAGGUCCCUGUCUGACUUGGUGGUUAAUAUUGUCUUAAAGCUGCUGCCUGUGAUUAAUGCA